GUAUACUCCAAAAUCCACGCAACUGCUCUGCUCUUUCACCUCAUUGUCGGUCUGGGGCUUUGAUCUUCGGGCUCUUCUCAAUCUGGGAGCUGCCCUCACAAUGGUAAGGGAUCCACGCCUCACCUUCCACCGAAACGGGGAAAAAUAAAUCUGGGGUGGUUAUGUAACCACAUUUUAUCUGCCUGUAAUCUUCCAGAUCAUCAUAUAAGCUUAUUUUAUUAUGGGGGUUGAAGGGGACUUUUUCCAUCGGCCUGCAGACAGCAAAAAAUAGACGACUGGCUGCCGGCCUCUCGAGAUUCAGAAUAACGUGUUCGAUGCUCCAUUUGCGGUCCUACUGUGGUCGCGUCCAAGUUUGAAAAAAGAAUGAUCGGGCCUCAAAAAUAGUUUUCCCAACAUGGGUGGUGCUCUCGAAAGAUAUAUAAGGAUGCCAUUCAGCAUCUUGGAAUCUCAUCAACCCACAAGUUUCAAACCUACCUCAACUCUCAAAAACAAAAGCUAGCUAGAGGCUACAGUCAUUCGCUUGAAACUACCACUGCUUCACGCAACCAAAACAACCAAAACCACAAAAUUCAAGAUGUUCACCAAGAUCUUCGUUGCUCUUUUCGCUGCCACUGCCGUGCUUUCUGCUCCCGUCGAGUCUGCUGAGAAGAGGAUCACCCACACUGGCAAGGCUACAUUCUACAGCCCUUCUGUUGGUAUUGGUGCCUGUGGCUGGCAGAACACCGACGAGGAGUUCGUCGUCGCCCUCAACGGGCCUCAGUACGGCCUCAACCCCGACCACAACUGUGGCCAAUCCGUUCGCAUCACCAACGAGCAGAACGGCAAUCAGGAGAUCGCUAAGGUCGUUGACUUGUGCCCUGGGUGCAGCGAUGGUGAUCUUGACAUGUCCCCCGCUCUUUUCGGUGCCCUCAACAACGGCGACUACGACCAGGGUAUCUUCCCCAUCUCUUGGAACUUCCUUCCCCGCACUUCCGAAUAAGAAGCGUUCAGUUGUACUAUCAACUUUUAUCUGAGACUUGUUUAUCUCAGAAGCCGUCUUGGAUACUCGUAGUACCAACUGUUGUCACUCAUUAGAACUUUUUUUGGGCGUUUAGUUUUUCUUAGUAACAUCUUGUAUAAUACAUACACAUAUGCUUGAUGCAUAUCUCCCCU